CUCUCCGACCCCUCCUUUCCCCGAGUCCCUGUAGUGCAGUGUACGGACCCGACAAACGUCGCACAGCGCAUGAUGGUGAAUGACUUGUUGUGGUCCGACCCCGCCCCACCAAACCACCAACUCGAUAAAUACGGCUUUGGUCCGAACCCGCGUGGGCCUGAUAUUAAAACAUUUGGUUCUCGCGCCGUUGACAUGUUCUGUGAGCGCUACAACUAUCAAUACAUCUUUCGUGCUCACCAGGAGAAGGCGGAUGGUCUGCGAUUGUCCGACAACGCCCGUGUUGUGACGAUCUUCUCCACCUCCGACUACGCCGGGCAUCAAAACGGCGCAGGCUGCAUAUUAGUGGCCAACGGAAAAAUGCGCAUGGCCAUUAAGAAGCCGCAGCGGCAGGAGUCGAAGGAAGUUAAGGGCCCUGUUUCCCCACGUACACUGGGAAAGAGCGUCCCUGGAUUUGUACCGCGUCUCAAGCGCCUGUAG